AUGAGGUCACUUGCCCUCCUCGCUGCCCUUCUCCUUCUAGCCUUCCAGGCCCAGAGUGGACCUCUCCCAGAAAAUGCUGAGGAGGCUCCAGACCAGGAGCAGCCAGAAGAGGACCAGGACAUGGCUGUCUCCUUUGCAGGGGCUGAAAGUUCUGCUCUCCAAUGUGCAGCUGAGAGAUGCCAGCCCGCCUCAUAG